AUGUUUUUUGCUGGGUCUGAAACUACAAGCAGCACCAUAGAAUGGGCAAUGGCAGAGUUACUUCGUGGGCCAGGUGCAAUGAAAAAUGUUAAAGAAGAGAUUGAUCGAGUUGUACCUAACCGGAAGGUUGAAAAGAGUGACAUAGAUCGGUUGCCUUAUUUGCAGGCGGUGGUAAAGGAAACACUCCGUCUACACCCUGCAAUUCCUCUACUGGUCCCACGGAACUCAAUGGAAGAUUCAAACUACAUGGGUUACCACAUCCCCAAGAAUACACAAGUCUUCGUGAAUGCAUGGGCAAUUGCAAGAGACCCAGAGAGCUGGAAUGACCCCCUCUCUUUCAAGCCUGAGAGGUUUCUUGGCAAAGACAUUGAGUAUAAAGGGCAGCACUUUGAGUUGAUUCCUUUUGGUUCUGGGAGAAGGAGUUGUAUCGGCUACUCCUUGGCUCACCGAGUGCUUCACCUCGCGCUGGCCACCCUGCUGCAGUCUUUCAACUGGGAGCUCAGCGGGUCUGUGACUCCAGAAACCAUGGACAUGCGUGAAAGUGUGGGGAUAUCAGUGAGAAAGCUAAUACCUAUAAAGGUGAUACCCAAAAAGCGAAUUGGAGGAAGGAGGUAA